AUGUUCGCAUGGUCGAUAUCUGACAUGCCUAGCAUCGAUCCGAACAUCAUCUGCCACCGAAAACAUAUCAACCCCUCCAACAAGCCAGUAGGGCAGAAGAGACACAGCUUCGCUUCAGAGCCAGUCGCGAUCAUUGAAGCCGAGAUCAACAAGCUCCUUACUGCCGGCUUUAUUGAAGAGGUCUCCUACUCAGAGUGGCUAGCCAACGUUGUUCUGGUGGUUUUGCAUCAAUUACGGUGA